CUUCUUUCAUAAACCCUAGUUAACUGUGGUGGAACCUACGGUUUGUCAACUUCCUUCAACCGUAGCUACAAUCUGCAGCACAUUUCACUCACAUCUUCACCAUGGGUCGUAUGCACAGUCGCGGUAAAGGUAUAUCAGCUUCAGCUCUUCCUUAUAAGAGAACUCCUCCCAGUUGGCUUAAGAUCUCCGCUCCAGAUGUUGAGGAUAAUAUCUGCAAAUUUGCAAAAAAAGGAUUGACACCUUCACAAAUUGGUGUGAUCCUUCGUGAUUCUCACGGAAUUGCCCAAGUCAAGAGUGUCACUGGUAGCAAGAUUUUGCGUAUCCUCAAGGCUCACGGGCUUGCUCCCGAGAUUCCAGAGGAUCUAUACCACCUAAUUAAGAAGGCAGUAGCCAUCAGGAAGCAUUUGGAGAGGAACAGAAAGGACAAGGAUUCCAAGUUCCGCUUGAUUUUGGUGGAGAGUAGGAUUCACCGCUUGGCUCGCUAUUACAAGAAGACUAAGAAGCUUCCACCAGUCUGGAAAUAUGAGUCUACAACAGCGAGUACACUUGUAGCUUAGACAGAGACAUGGGAUGGAUUAGCUUUGAGAAAUUGACCAGCUCAAGUCAUCUUUAUGUAUUGGAAUAGUUGUCAGGUCCAUUUUUUGUUAUUUAAUUGUUCUAGUCAUACUUAUGGUGAUAGUUUCUGGUUACUUAUGGUAUAGCUCUUUUUAAUCAGCUCAGUCUGAUAAAGAAAAUGAUACUUGUGGUGAUAGUUCUGGAUACAUCUCCAAGUUUUACUAAAUGUUAGGAAAAAAGCAUAAAAAACCCCUUGAACUCGAUCUGGAUUUUGAGUUACAUACCUUUACUUUGCAGUGGUCCUAUUACUCCUUGAACUAUUUUGAAGUGAAAUUAUUUAAAGUCGAAAC